GAGCCCCUCUCUGCAGCUGCAUGCUCGGUGACCAGGAUCUGAGGAACUGCGCAUGCUCGAGGCAACUUAAUAUGAAUGCUGCCUGACGUCUCAAGACAUCUCACGUCCAGUGACCAUCAUGGGCAGGUAGUAAAAAUACAUUUGUCAUCUAUUGUGUGGAGGUCAGAAGGUUAGGAAUACCUCAGAGCGUACCUCCUCUGUUCCCACUUGGGCUGUCCAGCAAGUUUCCAGCAUCAUGGCUGAAGAAGAAUAUGGCAGCUUUGUGGACUGGAACCAGAUGGGGGACCUGGCCAAGAGCAGCGGGCCCACCAAAGUAGACUGCAAAGACCUGAAAGAGUUCAAACAAAUGGCUCGACAAGGUUACUGGGCCAAGAACCACAAACUACGGGCGCAAGUCUACCAGCAGCUCAUCAAAGCCAUUCCCUGUCGCACAGUUACACCAGAUGCUGAAGUAUAUCGUGAUAUUAUGGGAAAUGCAGCCACAAAGAAGCCCUCCUCCCACAUCCCACUACCAGAGUUCGUGGAUGGAAAUCCUGUGCCACAGUAUUGUCUGAAGGCGGAGGGAGUAGCCUCAGCCCAUAAGAUCAUCAACUGUUUGGCUGGACAGUUUCCAGAUAUCUCCCACUGCCCAGCACUUCCAGCCAUGACUUCAUUGCUCCUGCACUUCAGCGUAGACGAAGCUCAAUGUUUUGAGCAUGUCAGCCGCAUACUGGCUUGCAAUGAGCCAGGCAAGCGACUGCUAGACCAGACUUUCCUGGCCUAUGAGUCCAGCUGCAUGACUUUCGGUGACCUGGCCAACAAGUACUGCCCGGCUGCUCACAAACUAAUUGUGGCCACAGCUCAGGAUGUACUGGAGGUCUAUUCAGACUGGCAGCGCUGGGUGCUCGGUGACCUGCCGUUCAGCCAUAUGGUUAGAGUCCUGGAUGUCUACCUAGUAGAGGGCUACAAGAUUCUCUACCGUGUAGCUAUAGCCCUGCUCAGGUUCUAUCGUAAGCAUAAAGCAGCCAGCCAGGGAGGCCAAGGGAGCCCACAACAACAAGAUUCAAGCAAAAUCAAGGCAGACAUUCAAGCGUUUGUCAAAGGAGUUGCCUCCACUGUAACACCUGACAAGUUGCUUGAGAAGGCCUUUUCCCUCCGUCUGUUUAGCCGCAAGGAGAUCACCCUGCUGCAGCUCACAAAUGAAAAGUCCCUGCAGCAGAAAGGAAUCACUGUCAAACAGAAGCGGCGGAAUGUGCAGCUGGCACUUAACCCUGACACAUUCUCCUCUGAGAUCGUCAGUGCCAAGGAGAUGCGAGACAUCUGGUCAUGGAUCCCUGAGCGCUUUGCCCUGUGCCAACCUCAACUCCUAUUCACCACCUCCAACCAUGGCUGCAGCCUGAACAGAUUCUACCAACAUUGUGAAGGCUAUGAACCCACUCUGCUGCUCAUCCGGACCACAGAUGGCGAUGUAUGUGGAGCCUUUCUGUCCACAGACUGGGAGGAGCGGAAGAGAGGAGGCAACAAAUUGAGCUUCUUUGGCACAGGGGAGUGUUUUGUCUUCAAGCUGAAGCCAGAGAUGGAGCGCUACGAGUGGGUGGUGAUCGGCCACCCUGAGCUCGCAUCCUCCAUCAAGACCCAGGUUCAGGAGGACACAGCGUCGUCUGAGGGCCAGAAUGAAGACAACAACAGUUUACCGCAGCCAGAGAAACUUGCUGGAAAUUUGUCACCAUUUCUGUCUGCCCGCCACUUCAACCUCAACUCCAAGAAUACUUCCAUGUUCAUGGCUGGAAACUUUGACUCCAUCAUUGUCGGGGGAGGUGAUGGCAACGCGCUCUACAUUGACGCUGAGCUGAACCGCGGACGCACUGGCAGGUGUACCACCUUUGACAACCCGCCCCUGUGCGCAGAGACCUUCCAGGUUUCACUGCUAGAAGUGUGGGGCUUCCAGGACACUAUGGCCUCUUAAUGCUGUACACGUAAACACACACUGCACCUGCUUACAAGUGCAUCCAUACAUCAUACAGACAUGUAGGCAAAUGAAGCACACACAUUUUAACAUACAGCACUUUCUCCACUUACACUUAAACGCAUUAAAGCAUAACUUCAUGUCAUAUGAGUGAAACAAAGUCUUAAAAUAUAAAGUCAAGUGUAUUAGGUAGAAAACACAGAUAUGCAAACAGAACAACAUCCGUCCUCCAAAUUUAGUUAUAAUUUACUAUUUUUUAUUUAUUAAUGCAGUUUCUCCAAAUUUCAGCGUAUGAACAAAAUGAGAUUUUUUUUAUUGUUUUCUGUUUAUUUUUGUAUUUACAGCUAUGUAUAAUGGUGUACUAAUUGUGUGAAAGUGGAAAUGUUAAGGAUCAACUGUGUGUCCAUGUUCCUGUUGAGCUAAAGCUAAAAUGUAAUAAUUGUAAUUCUAAAUGUAAAUUCUGUAUUUUAUGUUCUCUGGUUUUUCUCUCUCUGCCAAAUUCAUGACAUGGCUUGCUCUGCAGGCCCUAGCAAAUAUUAUUUACCAGGUCAUGUUGAUAAACUGAGGUUUACAACCUUAGGUGAGAAGUCAAUUCUUUAUCGCUCAGUAAAUGUUGAAAGAACAUAAAAACAAAGUAGUAAAAUUGCACCAGGUCAGCUAGAACCGAAGCAGGCCUGUCACAUUUUCACACACUUUUGGGUUUAUUGUACACAGGUGGGAGAUUUGAUCAAUGAAAUAAUCAAGUAAAUGUUUGUGAAUUAGUAGUGACUUCACCAUUUUGCACUCCGUCAAAGCUUUCUUUUGGAAUCUGUGACUGUUGCUCCUUUGUAUAGUGAAUGAACAUUCAUGUGAAAAGCAGUGCAAGCAUGUUAAAAGGUAAAGGUGUUUUUUGUUUACAAGUAAUGAAGAUCAAUGCAGUUUGUGCAACAUUUUCCCUGUUACUUCCGUCCUUUACAGUAUAGUAACAAAGAAAAGAGGUCGAAAAUAAUCUGCUGUUGGCAAAGUGUUGUUGGGAUUACACAUCUCGUCUCUGCGUUAUGUUGCUCCAGUGAAGUGUCAGUUGGGUAACUGCAAAUGUGUUGUACAUGUGGAAAUACAGCAUUACACUUUCA